AUGGAACCUUUGAGCCACCGCUUCUUGCUGCCCCUUGAUGAGGAGGAGGGCUACGAUGAUUGGUUUGCUGCACCGCCGAGGAGCCACCAUUCCUCGGUCCAGCAACUCCCCUUUGUGGAGCGUGUGCGAGAGCAUCGUCGCCCGGGGCAGCACCUUUUGAGGAAGAAGUCUUUCAACUCUCCAUGCUCCAAAGAUGAGCUACAACUCUGCAUUACACUGGAGACCCCUGAGCAGGCUGCGCGCCUAAGGCGGCAAGUGGCCGGCAUGCGCUCGGGCAUGGGCGGGAUGCAGGAACUCCUUUUGGAGCAGUUCAUCGAGAAGGACUACGGCGAUGACCUUCUCUUGCUCACGGCCACGGAGCCAGGCGGUUGCGGGGGGGAGCCGAGGGCCAGGCGGCUGCUGAGCCAGGCGGCGUCGGUGAAGCGGACCUGGUGGAUGCCAUGCCCAGAGCGCCAGCCCUGA